CUAUAAACAAAGAAAAUGUCGGUGUGUAGUUCGUAGCUGUGCUGUUCUCGACGCUGCAGACGGAAGGUGAAAGCUCGUGUCGCUGAUAUUGAAGAUCAUCCGAGCGGCUGCAGGCUGAACUCUGAGCAGCAGUGACGCCAUGGUGCUCAAGAUUUUCUUCCCACAAUGCUGUAACCGGGCCGACAGCGGGCUGCUGGUGGGCCGCUGGAUCGCCAAUAAUGACUCGGCCGUGGUGCUGGCGGUCAUCCACUACCCGUUCAUUUCUGGACAGGUCAAACAGUACAUCCAGAAGAUGCAGGCUCAGAGUGGUGUGGAGCUGUCGGUGUUGGGUUCAUGGAGUUUACCCAAAGAUGGUCAGGAGGGCAUGGAGAGCUUCCUCGUAGACCUCAGCACCAUCUUCCCACAGGAGCGCUGGCUCCAGAUCAGCCGCGAGGUGGGCAAGGCGGGCUUCAUCUGUAACAUCCUCCUUCGGGAUCAGAAUGGAGUUGUAGCUCAGCAGAAAGUAAAGAAGAAGAGAGAUGAAGAAGAUGAGAAGACUGAUGGUGAGGAGGAGGAAGGGGAAGAGGAGAAGAAGGUGAUCUUCGUCCACUACGAGCAGAGGAAGGUGAUGCUGUCGGAGCUUCACCCCAUCCAGAAUGGAGUUCCUGACCCCAAAACUGAUCCUCCAUCUGAGCUUAGACAGAUGUUCCACACGGUGGCUCACAGUCAGCCUCUGUUCUUCCUGGACAGAUACGACGACGGGCCGCUCAAGUCGACUCACUGGCAGUCUGAAGGUCGAGAGGGCAGCAUCAUUGUGGAGCUGCUCAAACAAGCUUCUGUCCCGCUCUGCCUGCUCAUCACGUGGCUGUUGUCCAUGUGGACGUGGAUCUGCAACAUCCGCAUCUUCAGCUGGUACCCGCUCCGCUUCCUGGGCAGUAAACUGUCCACGUGUGUCCAGCUCAACUAUAGAACCGAACACAUGAGGACUAUCAGCUCAACCAAACCAGCUGUAGGACACUCAGACUUCAUGAGAAAAGCCAACAUCGUGGUGUCAAUCUUGGUGGACGUGGCUCUCGGCCUGCUGCUCAUCUCUUGGCUCUACAGAGACAACCACAUCACCAUGUUAGCAAACACGCUGGUGCCCGCGGCAGAUCAUGUGGCCAAAGAGCUGGAUGAGCUGCUGCAGUGGCUGAUGGGAGCUCCUGCUGGGCUGAAGAUGAAUCGGGCCCUGGACCAGGUUCUGGGACGCUUCUUCCUCUACCACAUUCACCUGUGGAUCAGCUACAUCCACCUGAUGUCUCCGUUCGUUGAGGGGAUCCUCUGGUACGGGGGCCUGUCCGCCUGCCUGGGCCUGACCUUUGCCCUCUCGCUGCUCUCAGAUAUGGUGGCCCUCCUCACCUUCCAUAUCUACUGCUUCUAUGUCUACGGAGCCAGAUUGUACUGUCUGAAGAUCUACGGCCUCUCGUCUCUCUGGAGGCUCUUCAGAGGGAAGAAGUGGAACGUCCUGCGUCAGAGAGUGGACUCCUGCUCCUAUGACCUGGACCAGCUCUUCAUUGGAACGCUGCUCUUCACCAUCCUGCUCUUCCUGCUUCCCACGACAGCGCUCUACUACCUAGUCUUCACUCUGUUGCGGUUGCUGGUGGUGCUUCUCCAGGGUGUCGUCCACCUGAGUGUGGAUUUCCUCAACUCCUUCCCACUGUUCGCUAUGGCCCUCCGCAUCUGUCGGUCCUACAGAUUGGCAGAAGGUGUAAAGUUCCGGGUCCUGUGUGAAGAACCUGGAACGGCCCUUCACCUAAUGAUGGAGAUUAACCCUCUGAAGUGCAGCACAGUGGUUCAGACCUACCGCACUCCCACUUACAGCUGUUACCCAAAAGACUCAUGGGCAGCGCUGGUCAAGAAACUCUUUGUCGGGGAGCUGAUUUAUCCCUGGAGACACAAAACCACCAAGACUGACUGAGAGACACUCACCAGAUACGUGUGUGUGUGUGAGAGAUAGAGAGGGAGAGGUGAGGGGAGGACGGAAAGGGAAGAGACUGAAUAAAUAGUGAGAUGGAAACAGACAGAUGGAGGCAAAGGUGAAACUAGAACAAAGACCUGUCGGUGUCAUGGAAGGACGUCAGUGAGAAAGAUUUAACUGCCAAGUAUUCAAACGUUGAAUUCAUGUUUUACAGCAUAAGGAUGUCAACCACAAGAUUUAAACAGGAAGUAAUCGUGUCCUUCCGUAAUUCUAAAAUUAUUUCCAGUGUACAUGGUAAACAAAUCCUUUUUUUUAUGAUUUUUAUUUGUAGUAAAAACAUUCCCUUUAAGUGACUAAAUAUAUUUAUUAGAAAUCAGUCUCAGUCAUUAAACAAGCAACUGAAAGCUGAUGUGAAUGGUACUUAUCCAAGGACACCUUGAUUUCUUCAGCUCACGACUAUAGUUCAGAACGCCAGCAGAAGAAAAAACAGGUCUUUAAUAUGUUGGAAUAUGGAAAAAAAACAGAUGAUUCAUAAUAACAACUUUUUAUUAAAAAUCUGCAGAUAAGAUACAAAGGUGUCUUUCCACUCUUAAAUGAUUUGAAAAGAGUUUAGAUGUUUUUCACUUUGAUUUUGUUGAAAAUUCUUUGUAUGACAAGCAAAUAUACAACAUUUAGUUCACACUAUAGACAUCUGAGCUCCUAACACUUUUUACUCAGAGGAUAAUUCCUGCUGCAUUUGUGGACUGACCUUUUCUUUAGUGUCACCAUCAGGUCUUAAAUAUUAAGGGAGACCUAUGCUGGUUUUCAGUAUUUUCUUGUAUUGCUCAGUGCUAAGUGUGUAAUAUAGAUUUUUUUUUGUUCUCAAUGUAAAAGUUUGGCAGAGUUAAACAGCCUAAAGUCUGUGGUAAAGGGUGAUCCCCCCCUCCCCCACAGAAAACACUGAACCUCCUGAAAGACCUCACCAGCAGUCUAGACCAUACUACCGCAUCAUUGUGAUGUCUGGCAUGCCCCCUUACAAAGCCAGAUAAAGCCAGAUCAGAAGAUGACAUUGCCUCUCGCACUAGAAGUGGUUGACCAAUCACAACAUAGUGGGCCGUGGGCAUUGAGAUCACAAAGUGGCAGAAGUGAACAGCCUGGGUCAACUAACACAGCCAGAAUCCUACUUCAGGGAUUUGUGUAUUAACUGCACUGAGUGUGUAGAUAGAUUUUAUCUGUUUAACUGGACUAACUGAUUUUUUAUUUUAUUUUAAAUAUUUUGUAUUCUUAAGAGUUGUAGUUCAAAAUACAUUAUUUAUGUUUUAGGUUUAUUUGUUGCCAUAUCUCCAUAUUUUACUGUGAGAAAUGAAUGUGGCUCUUGAGUCAGUUAGAGAUAGAAAUUAACUUUAUGGGUUAUGAUAUAAGGCAAAUUAUCUGAUUCAACUUUUGACUGUUUUUAAUUUAUUUGUGUCUAAUCCUGCCAUAUUUAGACUAUUCCUUUAUCUUAAUUAAAUUAAUUAUGUUUUUUUUUUUUAUUAAAUCCUCCAAUGAUCUGUUUUAAAUGUUAUAUUGUCAUUUAAUAAAAUCAAUUAAUAUUUAA